UCUAAUAUUCCUUGGCUUGUUCUGGGAGACUUUAAUUCCAUUUUGUCCCAGGCUGACAAGUAUAGAGGGAGUAAUGUCACUACUUAUGAGACUACUGAUUUCAGGUAGUGUUGUUCAGAUUUGGGUUUAUCUGAUUUGAAUUAUACUGGUAGUCAUUAUACCUGGUCUAAUGGUGCUCUUUGGAGCAAAAUUGAUAGAGUCUUGGUUAAUCCUUUUUGGUACUCUCUACAAAUGCUUUCCCAUGUUCAUUUCUCUACUCCUGAUGCUUUUUCUGAUCACUCCCAAGCUAGGAUUCAAAUUGGUGCUAUGCACUUACAGGGUAAGAGAGCUUUCAAGUUUUAUAAUAUGUGGAUGGUUCAUGACCAGUUUUUGGAGUUGGUCAGUUCAAACUGGUACAUUCAUGUUCAUGGCUCUACUAUGUUUGUUCUCUACAAAAGACUUAAGCAUUUGAAAAGCCAUUUGAAGUUGCUAAAUAAGUUGCAUUUUAGCCACAUUUCUGAAAGGGUUAUUAGAGAUGCCUCUACUUUGGAAGCUCAUCAAAUUCAGUUACAGACUGAUAUGGACAACCCUCUUUUGUUGAUACAGGAGAAACAGUUGAGAUUAAAUUUGGUUAAAUUAAAAUCUGCUGAGAACAUGUUUUUUGGUCAAAGCUUAAGUCUAAUUUUCUCAAGGAUAGUGAUAAAGGCACUAGUUUUUUCCAUGCUUUGAUGAGUCAGAAGCAUAGGAGGAACUUUAUCUCUGCUAUUCAGUGUGAGAAUGGGGAUCUUACUACUUUUAUUGAUGAGGUUGGUGGGGAGUUUGUCAGGUAUUAUCAGUAAAUUUUGGGAACUCCUAAGUCUAUUACUCUUCUGGAUGUAAAUGUGGUGCAGAGUGGGCCCUGUCUGGAUGAAGUUUCUAAGAAUCUGCUUAUAGCUCCUGUUACUGUUGAGGAUAUUAAGGAUGCUUUAUUUUCUAUUGGGAAUGAUAAGGCCCCUGGGCCUGAUGGGUACUCUUCUAUAUUUUUCAAGAAGGCUUGGAGUGUUGUUGGGGAUGAUUUUUGUGCAGCUGUCCAGGAUUUCUUCAACUCUGGUGAUCUCUUAAAACAGGUCAACCAUGUUGUUAUAGCAUUGAUUCCUAAAGCUUCUAAUGUUUCUACUAUGGCUGACUUCAGACCUAUAUCUUGCUGUAAUGUUAUUUACAAGGUCAUUUCUAAAAUCCUGGCUUCUAGACUCUCCAAGGUUCUACAUUGUAUUAUUAGUCCUGCUCAGAAUGCUUUUUUGGGAGGGAGAAAUAUGGCAAAUAAUAUUAAUCUGGUUCAAGAGUUUCUUAGGAACUAUGGCAGGAAAAGAGCUUCUCCUAGAUGCCUUGUUAAAAUUGAUUUUAGGAAAGCUUUUGACUCUGUCCAGUGACCUUUUAUUAGACAGUUACUCCUGAUGCUGGGGUUUCCAGGACAAUUUGUUCAUCUUAUCAUGCAGUGUGUUGAGACAACUUCCUCUUCUGUGCCUAUUAAUGGGAAUUUGUUUGGGUUCUUUCAAGAUGAUAUUCUUCUGCUUGUAAGGGAUGAUAAGACUUUUGUGCAUAUUCUGCAUCAGCAAUUGGUGAACUUUGGUAAUGUUUCUGGUCUGGAAAUUAAUCCUGGAAAGUCCUCCAUUUAUUUUGGACGACUCAGUGAGAAUACUAAGGUAAGAAUCCUUCAAGACACUGGGUUCUCUGAGGGUUCCUUUCCCUUCAAUUAUUUGGAGGUGCCUCUUAGUCCCCAUAGAUUUUUGGCAAGUCAGUUCUUUCCACUUCUUCAUAAGCUUGAGAUGGCUAUUCAAAGUUGGCUGGGGAAGCAUUUAUCUUAUGCUGGUAGAUUGGAGCUCCUCAAGUCUGUUUUGCAAGGAAUGGUUCAAUUCUGGCUUAAUAUUUUUGCCCUGCCAAAUCUAGUCAUCAAGCAGAUAACAUGUUUAUGCAGGAAUUUUCUGUGGAGUGGCAAUGCCUUGAAAAGAUCCUCUGCCCCUGUUGCUUGGGAAAAGGUCUGCUUACCUAAAUAGGAAGGGGGUCUUGGGUUACUGGAGCUAAGGGCUAGAAACAAUAGCUUCAUUACCAAGCAAUUAUGGAAUAUUCAUAUCAAAGCUAACUCCUUAUGGAUACAGUGGGUGCAUCACUACUAUCUUAAUCAUCUCUCUACCUAGGAUGCUGGUUUGCAAAGGAACUCCUCUCCUUUGUGGAAGACCAUCUUCCAUCUUAAAUGCCAGCUUGCGCUGGAUUGUGGAGAUCGAUCUCAGGCCAUCAGACUACUUCAAAGGUCGCACAAUGGAGUUCACUUGUUUUCCAGCCAUGCUUAUGAUUACUUCAGGGUUAAGAGACCUAAUGUAAGCUGGGAUAAGGUGGUGUGUGAAUCUUGGUCCUUACCUAUAUAUAAUUUUAUCCUAUGGCUUGCUGUUUUAGGGAGGUUGAGAACAAAGGAUAGAUUGAGAUUUAUACCUACAGAUGCCUUCUGUAUCUUUCGUAGGGUAGAAGAGGAAUCCCAUGAGCAUUUGUUUUUUAAUUGCAGUUGGUCUUCUGCCUUAUGGAGAAAAA